AUGCUCGAAAAAGCCCCAGACACCCAGGUCUCCGCAAUGGCUAACGAUGAUACUGGAGCAACGCCUACGCCGAGCCAAGAAUCCGCCUCCGCCGUAGCUGCCGGUGUUGCCAAAAUUCAAGGUAUCACGCGAGCAUGGAACAAGGGGCGCUACAUUUUCUUCUGGGCGUGCAUGAUGCUCAUUGCCAUCUGUGUCAGUCUCGAUUAUCAGACCGUCAGCGCCUACCAGCCCUAUGCUCUGUCCGAGUUCAAGUCACAUUCGCUGCUAUCGGCCGUUAGCACGCUGCAAAUCAUCUUAUCUGCAUCAUCGCAGCCCAUCAUGUCGAAAGUAGCCGAUGCUCAAGGCCGUACCGAAGCCUUUGGAGCAUGUCUUGCACUCAUGGUUCUCGGAUUCGUCAUUAAUGCGACAUCUCAAAGCGUCGAGCAAAUGUCGGCCGGUCAAAUCUUGUACGGGUUCGGCCUGACUGGCCUUCAGUUUAUCCAACAGAUCCUUUCCGCCGAUACUACAUCUUUAGAGGAUCGUUCAAUCUACAGCUCGGCACUCUACUCCCCUGGUAUCUUUACAUCUUGGUUUGGAGCACCUCUAGUCAACACGUUAGUGCCAAAUCAUUGGCGAUGGGGCUACGGAAUGUGGGCCAUUACCUUCCCAGCUGUUGCCAGCCCGCUUAUUGGUCUUCUUGUCUGGUCACAAGUCCAAACUAACUCCGUCAAGCGCAACACGACGAAGAAAACACUUGCUACUAUGGCCUCUGAGGCUGACAUCUUCGGCCUCUUCUUAUUUCUUGUUGGAUUGAUUUUUCUCUUAUUCCCUCUAACAAUCAACGCUCGCUUUAAGGGCGAGUGGUCAUCUCCCCAAACGAUUGCCAUGAUGAUCAUUGGAGGUGUUUCAUUUAUCGGCUUCAUUGCUUACGAGCUGCGUGUUGCUACAUACCCUAUUCUAAGUCUACACUUGGCAAAGAGUAGAACCGUGGCCGCGGGUUGCCUGGCUGAGGCACUCUUCUUCUGUAGUGGAACUUGCUGGAGUGUAUACUUUUACUCGUUUCUAAUUGUGGCCAACAACUUGUCACCGGCGGCGGCUACCAACAUCGUUAUAUCUGGGAGCGUUUCUACUGCAGUAUGUGGUAUGGCAGUAGCCUUCCUGUUGAAAAAGACUGGUCGCCCAAAGUGGAUAGUCAUUGCUGGCACUUCGAUCAAGUUAAUCGGAGGUGGUUUGAUCAUGCGAUAUGCCAACUCGGAUGCUACAGUGGCUCAGAUAUUGAUUGCACAGAUAGUGCAAGGAGGAAGUUCAGGACUGAUAUCCGUGAUUGUGCAGACAACAGUACAGGCUGUUGGCAAGCAUCAAGAUGUUGCCAAUGUUACAACUCUGUAUGAAACUCUCCGUGUCAUUGGUUCAGCAACAGGGAGCGCCAUUUCCGGUGCCAUAUGGACACAUAUGCUGUUGAGUCGCCUGCAAACGCACUUACCUGCCGCAGCGCAAGGCCGUGCCACCGCUAUACAGAAUUCCUUUGUCAUGGCCAGCUCUUUUCCAGUUGGAAGCCCUGAGCGAGACGCUAUAAAUCAGAGCUACACUGACGUCAUGCGUGUUCUUCUUACUAUCACCCUAGGCUUCAUGGCUGCCUCAUUCUUGGCAUCUCUCUUCAUUGAAGACAUCGACCUGAAGGCGGUAGACCGAGAGCGGAAUGAGACUAUUCGGGCGACGAGCGAAAUGUCACCGAGGGAGGAUAUCAGUCACACAGGCGACAUCCCAGACGCGGCAAAGUAA